GUGAAGAUGUCCUAUGAGGCGAAACGAUGCGGCGUUCAGUUCAGUCCCCCCGCAAUUAUUUUACUGUACAAACAAAAAGACACAAACCAAGUGCGCAAAAGAAUAAUACCUGUGCGGAACUUCUCUAAAUACUCAGACUGUUGCUUGGCUGCUGAAAGACUGAAGAACCAUUUUCGGCACAAAGAAUACUUGGGAGGUGUUCCAUUGAGUCAGUUGAAGAGGCUUCACACAGUACUACGAGAUCACAUGCAGGGCCACAGUUUGCAGCACAGCCAUGCCUCAUUCCAGGUGGACCCUGAAGAAGAUCUUAAUAAAUUAAAUGACGAUGACCUGGCCCGCAAGAAAGGGCAAAUGGAUCAACUAUUUGAGCAAAACCGAAGACUCAAGGAUGAUCCUGAUUUUGUUUAUGAUAUAGAAGUGGAAUUUUCCCAAAGCGAUCAGGAAAAGUGCAGUUGGGAUGCAGAGUCGGAUGAUGGAUUUUGAAACCGAUCACCCAAAUAGGGUUUUGGCCUGAAAAGGCUGAUGACUGUACUUUGACUGAGAAGCAUUUACAGAUGAUUAAAUUACGGACAUUGUCCCUGUAACAAAUGAGACCAUAUAUAAGCAAUUCAAUAUUUAUUUGAUAUAAAAUACUGAAGUAUAAGAAAAAUACAAAAUGCUUUGGCUCCUUACAUAUCAGGGGUACACAUAAAUAAUGGAUAUUCACAGUAGGAAUACAGACAAGCUAUUCAUUAUCAUUUUAGUGACCAAAACCUAGCUAACACAAUAAAUCUAUCUUUGGAAAUAAUUCCUCUCAAACCAAAAAUUCUUCUUCCCCAUGAUACAAACGAAUACGAAGAGAAAUAUCUUGUAGAUUUGGAUGUGAUGAACAAAGUUAUGGGAUGAAUUCUAAAACCAUGCCUGCAUUUCAAACCUCUGUAUGGGGAAGUGCAAUUCAAAGUGCCUUCAUACCUCCUAUAGUUUGCAAGACACUGACCGACUAAUUGAAUAUAUCACAAUACAUCCAAGAAUGUCACAAGUGAUUUUCUUAUCAUAGUUGUUGUACAGCACAUGUAAUAAAAAAGCAUUCUGGAUAGAGGAAAGAUUGGUUUACUUUUCUUGUUUGGUUUAAAUUGAAAAAUAAUAUAUAAUACACACUACACUACAUUGAAUCAGUCAGUUAUGCAGUAAUAUGCAUGCCCCAGAGGUAGGUAUUUGAAAUUCAGACAUAAGGUCUUUCCUAGUACAACCAGAAUUGUUGUUCAGAAUACUGAGUUUCAAGUCAUACGUAUAUUUUCAGCAGGCCUUUAUUUAAAAAAUAGGAUUUAUACUUCAAGUAUGUCAAAGCAACAAUCCGGGAUUGAAGUUGAUCAUUUAGGGGUGGGCACUUAAUGGCAAACAUAUGAAAAACAGCAAUUAUCUAAUCAACAAAAACAUUCUAAAGACAUUUUAAAUUUAAGUUUACCUUUCAUCUAUUGUACAUCUGAAAUGAAAAAGCUUUA